GCCUGGGCUGCUUUAUUAUCAGCUGGAGGAAGGAGACGGUGCGUAAAGGGCAGAGCCAGGAGCCGCGAGCCCCCCGGCAGCAGCAGCGCGCCGAUUCCUCUCCCCCAGGCAGCAGCGGCCGGAGCAGGCAGCGCCCCCGCAGCUCCGCCGCCUCCCGCGCUCGCCCCGAGCGGCUCCGGGGAGCCCGGGCAGGCAGCGGGGAGCGGAGGCGUCGCUCCUGCCCGGCCCAGCGCGCCCAUGUGAGCCCAGCCGGGGCCGGCACCGAGCCCUCCCGCAGCAAGAUGCCCGAGUCCCAGCAGCUCUGAAGCGCCCAGGACGCUCCGCACACGCCGGGACGGUCGCUGGAGGAGGCCGUCGGGGCAGCGGGCAGCGCUGGAUUGAUCGGGGCAGCAUGGUGUCCUGGCGGAGGAGGUGGCAGGGGCCCGGCCUGGCCCGGCUCUGGGGCUUCUGCUGCCUGGUGCUGGGCUCCUGGAGGGCUUUGCUCGCCUGCCCGGCGCCUUGCACAUGCAGCGCCUCGCGGAUCUGGUGCAGCGAGUCCGCGCCGGGCAUCGUGUCCUUCCCGGUCCUGGAGGGGAGCGCCGAGCGGGAGAACAUCACCGACAUUUACAUCGCAAACCAGCGGAAAUUAGAAAGCAUCAAUAACAAUGAAGUUGGACUUUAUGUUGGACUGAAAAAUCUAACCGUGGUGGAUUCAGGCUUAAAGUUUGUGUCCCGUCAGGCAUUUCUGAAAAACACCAACCUGCAGUACAUUAAUUUCUCCAGAAACAAGCUCUCAAGUUUGUAUAAGAAGACUUUCCGCCAUCUGAAUUUAUCUGAUCUGAUUCUAGUGGACAAUCCGUUCAAGUGUUCCUGUGAUGUUAUGUGGAUCAAGAUAUUUCAGGAGACCAAGUUUUCUAACACAGAAACUCAGGAUUUUUACUGCAUAAAUGACAACAACAAGAGGAUACCCCUUUCGGACAUGCAGAUCCCCAACUGCGGCUUGCCCUCAGCAAACUUGAGUGUUUAUAACCUCACUGUUGUGGAAGGAAGGAGCACUACACUGUACUGCGAAGCUACUGGGGUGCCAUCUCCCAAUGUAUCCUGGGUUGUCCCUAAUCUUGUUUCAAAACAUGAGAGUAAUACAAGUAAGAAUCCUGCUUCCCUAACCAUAAGGAAUGUUUCAUCUAAGGACAGUGGAAUACGGAUUUCAUGUAUAGCAGAAAAUAUUGUGGGAGAAGACCAAGCUUCUGCUGACCUUGUGGUGUUCUUUGCACCAAAUAUCACAUUUAUUGAACCUCCAACCCCGGACCACCACUGGUGUAUUCCAUUCACUGUGAAAGGGAACCCCAAGCCCUCAUUGCAGUGGUUCUAUGAAGGGGCUAUACUGAAUGAGUCUGAAUACAUCUGUACUAAAAUACAUGUUAGCAAUCAAAGUGAAUACCAUGGCUGCCUUCAGUUGGACAACCCUACCCAUUUGAACAAUGGUGCUUAUACCUUACUGGCGAAGAACGAGUAUGGAGAAGAUGAAAAAAGGGUUGAUGCUCAUUUCAUGUCAAUGCCUGGAGAUGGUAGUGGCCCAAUCCUGGAUCCUGAACUUUAUGAUUAUGAAACCACGCCUAAUGAUAUUGGAGACACCACGAAUAACAGUAAUCAAAUCACUUCUACGGAUGUUUCCAACAAAGAGAAUGAAGAUAGCAUCACUGUGUAUGUUGUGGUGGGGAUUGCAGCAUUAGUGUGCACUGGCCUAGUGAUAAUGCUCAUUAUUCUGAAGUUUGGAAGACACUCCAAGUUUGGGAUGAAAGGUUUUGUUUUGUUUCAUAAGAUCCCACUGGAUGGGUAAAUGAAAUAAGGAAAAAAAAUGAGAGAGGGGCUGUUGAGCUUGUUUGUUGAAGCUGCACGCUAGGGAGUGGACAUUGUUCUUGUCCUGUGAAUUGCCACAUCCUUUGGACUUCUCUUUUAGACAUGGGUUGUGUUUGGAGGAUUCUAGACGUACACACAGCUCAUUAGUUGUUUUGGAGACAUCAGGGCAAAAUCAGCCCUCAGGCUGCUAUAAAACUCAAGAAAGCCCAGAAAUAAGCUAUCAGAUUCUUUUUUAUUAUCCUGGUUUUACUGUGGCUUCAAAAUGGCAUUUAAAUAAAAUUUGGUUACAUUGUUUUCUCUGUCAAAAAGUUUUUCUGUUUGAACUUAAUUGAAAAGAUGUUGGUUUUUAGAAAUAAUAUUUAUUAAAGGUGAAUUGCAAAGUUUUUUAAUUUAAAAAAUGAAAAAAUCAGAUGUUUAAGGCCCAGAUUCUACAAACACUUUUGCAUGUACUUAUCUUUAAACUUGUAAGUAAUCCCAUUGAAUUCAGUGGGACUGUUGAUGUACUUAAAGUGAAUUGGGGCCUAAAAUCCUAAAGCAAUAAACACGUAGGUUUGAUCCUGUAAUCCUUAUUCCUGUGAGUGGUCCCAUUGGCUUUACUGGGAAGAUUCUGGUGAGCAAGAGUUUCAGGAUCAGGCCUUAGUGCAUGUAAGUUGAUUCAGCAAAGCACAUAAGCAAGUACUUAAGCCCAUCCUUGUUCAGAAUAUCACUUAACUAUGUGCUUAACUUUAGGCAUGUGUUUGUGUCCUUUGCUGGACUGGGAUGAUUUGAGCUGGAGAUUAAAAUGCAGAUGCGAAAAUAACACCUUUUGGUGUCGAUCCUGCAAACCAAAUAUUCACAGAUCACGUGCAUAAGCAUUUUCAGGAUCAGGUCCUACACUUGAAACAUAAUUUUUGAAAGUCAUUUCCAUGUCAAAUAUCUGCCGAAUCCUGAGUUCAGUACUUGAGCUUUCCUAUUCAGAAGGUGACAUCAGGGUAAGAAAGAAGAAGAAAAUCAAUGAAAAAUGUUUUUGAAAUUAAAAAAGUGAGUUAAGAGGAUUCCCAGAAAGAGGGGCUGAGAUGAACCUCUAUAGAAAUAAAUGAUUGUAAAGAUUGGGUGUUUCCAUUUCCAUACACCAAAUAUGUGGGUUUUGAAUGAAUGAACAGUCACUUUGAAUUCCUCAUAGUCUGUUAGAAGUUGAGGACAUGCUAUAUGCCAUUUAUGGUUUAUCUAGAUAAUAAAUGUUGAUGUUUGAUUAUUUAUUUUAGCAUAUGACAUUUUGGAAAAAAAAGAAGGGCUUCAGAUUACUUUGUCUAUUUGGAUUUGCUUUUCUUUCUCUUUCCCUUUUCCGUUCACCCCAUUUUUAAUUUCUACUCUCUGUAUUGGUGUGUUUGUUGUUUGCCGUACUCUUUUUCAGUGUCUAGCUUUCGUCUAUUUUACAAUAUUCUGUAUUGUAUCAUUUGUUUUUACUUGUUUCCUUCCAUAUCUUCCCUUUGUUCUUUCUUUUCUUCAUUGUGUAUGAUCCUUCCUUCACCUUUGUCUCUUUCCCAGUCUCUUCCUCUUUCUCAGCCCAACCCUUUGACUGUCUUCUUACAUUCCCUGCAAUCUUUCACACCCAUCAUUCACUCUUCCCUAGGCAUUCACCCUGAAGGAAUCUGCCUCUGAGUCUGGGAACAUGGCUCCAUUUGUACUCAUCUUGUCUGAAAUAGGGAAUUAUUUCUUUCCCCUCUUCACUGAUAUGAGAAGUGGAGUUGCUGGGGUGUUUCCUUUCCUUCCCACAAGCCAAAAGGCUCCCAAUGAGGUGUCCUCUCCUGCUGCUCACCUGUAUAAUGGAUGGAGGUGGAGUUGGAAUUCAGUGUAUGUUCAAAUUCCACAUCUUAGGCCAACCUACACAUGCUUUCCCUGGGCAGCAACCUACACAUGCUUUCCCUGGGCAGCCGCAUUUUGGGGAGGGCAACAAUUAGGGCUUUUCUUCACAGUCGGUUAGUUGGAGUGAUAUCAGCUCAACCUUUCUUUUGUUCCUUGAAAUAAAAUCAGAAAACAUCAGCCUUCUCUAUUCCAAAUGCAUGAGGAAGUGCUCUUUCAAAUCAGAUGUUUUGCAGAUACCUAUUCUCUUCUACCCUACUGAUCCUUUUAACUCAUUUUUUUUUAAAUUGACUUUUGCACUGACAUCUUGUUUGCCCAUGCAUCUCCAACUUUAUUUAAAUUGCUUCUGAUGUCACUGGGCCUGAUUCUGAUCUCUCAGACACUUGUUUAAAUCAGGGGUAACUGAACUGAGGUUAAUGGAAUUACAAAAGGAUAACACUGAUGUGAUAUCAGAACUUGGUUUGCUGGGCCAAAUUCCAAUCAAUUACAAUCAUGAAAAUUCAUUGUGUUACAGUUUAAGUUAGUCUAUGUUUACUCCUGGGUAAAUGAGAUCGGGAUCUGACCCUUUCUUUUUUGGCCAGAAAAAGACUAAAUGCCAAACUCAGAAUUUGGCAGCUAAGUUAAGGAAAAGAUGAUUUUGAAAUAUUUUUGGUUUUGAAAUUUAGUACAUACAUUCCGUUAAUGAUUUAGGAUCUUACCUGACACCUGUUGUGAUUUAUUUUGUAACACUUUGCAAUUCAACUUUAAGGAACAAUAAUAGGUUUGAAUUUCAAAUAGCUCUAUGCGUACUGACACAGUAUUUUGGAUUCUGUGUAACCAAGACAUUAACAAAUCAGAACUUAUUUAUGCACCAUUGAUAGAUAUAUAUAGAUAUAGAUAUAUAUCUAUCUAGCAAUCUAUCACUGUAGGAUAUCCUUGUUGAGUAUUUUGUACUAUAUCUUACAUUAGCCACUAAAUGCACUGUUACUUAAUACAGAUAUUCACAGAGCCUUAUGGAUUACAGCAUGUGAUUAGUUACUACUUUUUUUUAACAGUGACAAUGUUUAAGUAAUGGAACUAGGCGACCUGUUGCUAAAAUAUUUUCUUUCCAUUAUGUGAACAGAUUAGUCUCUUAAAGCUAGGGUGACCAGAUGUCCCGAUUUUAUACGGACAGUCCCGAUUUUGGGGGCUUUUUCUUAUAUAGGCACCUAUUAUCCCCCCACUGCCACCCUGAUUUUUUACACUUGCUAUCUGGUCACCCUACUUAAAGCUAAAGGGAGCUGAACUUUAAGCAGGGAGAUUGCAAUACACCCAUAAUUGGUAUUUUUCAGCUUGAUUGUAAAUGACAUUGCCUGUCACUUUAGAGAUGCUAAUCUGCCCAAAUGGUGUGGGUUUACAAAGGGCUCACCUAAUUACAGAAUUCCUGACUCUUUAAAAUAAAGUGAGAUUCAAACAAAGAAUCAGGCAGGAGCCAUUAAAAUGGUAAAAGUCACUGAACAUCCAGCAUGUGAUACUAAAAAGCUUUUAUGGUAUUUCACUGAGCAAUAAAAAGUUCAUGAAGCAUUUAAAGAACAAGUUUAGAAGUUUGCCAGACCUGAAAGGAAAUCAAAAAUAUAUUUGUAUUAUUACACUAAAAGGGGUUUAUUUAUGCUAUAAUUUGUUUUAAAAUGAGGAUUAGUAGAUCAAACAGAUAAGAGCAUUAAAAGGCCAUAUGGUGAAACCCUUCUGUUGGUGAGCAGUUACUCACCCGAAUAGCUCAAGUGACUUCAAUGGGAGUACUGCUUACCAGUGUAAACAAGGGGUUUCACAAUCAGGUCCUUUUAAUAAAUAAGGGUCUGCUCCUGCUCCCACAGAAGUAAAUGGGAGUUUCAUGAUAGAAGCACAUCCCCAUCAGGGAAGGAAACAUCUCCAGGAAACCUAUGAACCACAUUUUAGUUAGAAACCAUUCAAUUUAAUAUAUUUCCUGUAUUUAUUAUUUCUAAUUCUUUGUGGUUAUUGACUAGAAUCUGGUCCUCUCUCCUGCCACAAAUGGCCCCAAAAAACAUUUCCCCAAGGAUUACAAGGCUUUUUAUGGGCACCUUCAGUUACAGGUAUUUGGAUGCAGUAUCUGUUGAUUCUGAUCCUAACAUAAAGGUCCAGUGUUUAAAGAAUCCUCCCUCCAGCUGUCAGUGUUGUGCCUGCAUUUAAUUGCUGGCAUGAAUGCCAACAUUUGGUCAUCUAAAUCUGGUUUUCUGAUGCAGUGAGGUAGAGAUCCAAAAGCUAGCAAUUUAAGGCCUGUAAAUUGGAAGUGCUUAAACAAAACCUCAGUCCUGAUGUCUUUUUCAUUCAAGUUCAUUUUCUUUUGUUGCAUCUUUAAUAUUUGAGGUCAUAGCAAUCCUCUUCUGCAGAUGUAGUGUUGGACAACCACAACUGAUGUCCAUGUUCACAUCAGAGAAUACGCAAAAGCUUAUCUGAAGUAGAGGUGAAUGACUUCUUGGUUUGGGAGCUGAAACAAAGCACUGGGGGAAAAAAACAGUUCAGGCUGAACAAACUGUUUAAUUCUAUCUGAAACAAAAUGUUUUGUUUCUAAUUUUUUUUACCCUUUUUGUUUUGUAAAUAAAUCUAUCUCAAUUUAUAAAAGGUGUUGUUUCAAAAUGGAAAGUCGAAACUUUCAUUUUAAAAAUAUUGACAAAACUUCUUGGAAAAUAUUUUCAAUUCUUUUUUGGCCAAAACUGUUUGUCGAAUUUAACUCAAAUGUGAGACUAGUUUGGGUUAAACUGGAUUUUUGACAAAUAACUAUUUGUCUGAAAAAUCGCACCAACUCUAAUCUGAAGCUCGUUCCAGUUUUUUGAGACUGCUUCAUUCCCUCCUUCCUUACAACCCUCAAAGACUUCACUGACUUCUCCCUGUCCUUUCAAGCCCUCAGUAGCCCCCAAUUGUCCUUCCUUGUCAUUCUCCAGAAAGCCCCAUCUUCAUCUUUCGUGCCCUCUACCAGGUCCCUUUGCCUGGGUGUGCACACAUUCUGAAGAGUUAAUCCCAGGGCCCAGUAGCCAUGAAUGCCUUUCUGGAGGGCUUUGGCACACUAUGGGGGUAGGUGCACCCAAGUACAAUGUAUGCCCCAAAUUGUGCAAGGUUUAGAAUUAGCAGCAGCAGAAAGAGUUCCUGAGUAGCUGGGCACAUAAUGCGGUUUUCAAAAUGGAAAGUGGUCUAUUGCGGGGAGGCAACAUUGUAGGGAAUGUAGAGAACACUGGUGUUAUAUAUGUCAUUACUUUGCUUCCACAAAAAUGUCUGGGACAAAACUUUCAAAGGCGGCCUCUGUCUCUGCUAGCACUUUAAUACCCAUAACCAUCCUCUCCUCUGCAAAUGGAUUAGUUAGGUGGAAAUAAGAUGUUUGACUACUCUGUUUACUUAUAUAAGUGCUAUUUUUAGGCCCAUCUGUAGAGGAUUUAUUGAGGCCAUUUUGCAGCUCUCCCCAUAAGAAUUUAAACUUUUUAAAAUGAAAAUGAAGGCAAGAGUCUAGAGUUGUUACCAUUUUCUUACAUUUUAUCACAUAUCCUGUUGCUAGGUUUUAAUUUAAUCAUAGAAUAAACUAAAUGGUGCUCACAUCUGUACAAGAAAGCUGAGUUACUUUAGAGUUCAGACAUUUGCUGAAAAAAUAUAGAAGUACAAGAACUGCUGUGUAGGAUUUCAUAUGUGUUUGUGGUGUGGGAGUUACAUGUACUGAACUAUUGGUGGAAACUGGGUGAAAUCCUGGCCCUAUUGAGGUCAACUGAAGUUUCCCAUUGCCUUAAGUAGGGCCAGGAUUUCACCCUCUGAGUUUCUGAUUGAGUGCUCACUUAAACCAGUUUUGUACCAUUGUAAUGCCAUUGAUUUACACCAGUGUGAGAGCAGAAUCAGGCCCUCAUAUCACAAAUUAAACACGAGAAUAGAGGGGGUUUUUUAAAGUAAAUUUGAAACUUCUCUCUCUGCCAUUCAGAACCCUACACCGUUAGUUUUUUUUAAAAAAAUUUAGUUUCAGUAUAGAAAACAUAACCUCUCCGUUUCCAAAGUCUGUUUUCUCAUGUAUCAAGGGAAAUAAUGCUCCAAAUGAUUAUCAACAACGAGGCAUCCUGACAUAUCUUUUAAAAAUACAUUUGCUGUAAUCCAUCAACAUGUUGUGAAUCUUAGAUUUUCCACUUCCAACAUAUGUUUAAAGCUGAUUUUAUAUUUCUUGUAAAUAAUUGACAAUCAUUGUUUUGAUUUCAAAUACUAUAUUAAUAAUGUGGACAGAUUACAUAAAUGUACUUGCUGGACUUAUUUUUAACAGGCCAAUAAAGUUUUAUAAUUCAUUA